AUGAAGCAGACAACCUCCUCCUCGUCCUCCCUCUGCCUGGCGGGCCAGGCCGGUACCACCGCGCCCGCCCCGUCUUUCCUCUUGGGCGGCAUCCCCCUUCCGCUUCUGCGCGAGCGGCGGCAUCGGCGAGGGCGGGGGAGGGGCGGCCGCGUCCCCGAUGAUCGAGCUGAGGAACUAUGGAUCGUCCGUCCCCGCAGCUGGCGGCGACGCGAGGAGGCAGAGCUCGGGCGGCCAGUCGGGCUCCUCGGGGGUCGGGGAUGCCUUGCCGGCCCCGUCGGGCGCGGCGGCCUCCAUGGCCCUGAGACUCCUGAGGAAGCUGCAAGAGCUAGGCGAAAGAACUGCAUCUACAUUGAGAAUCAGUACUUCCUUGGAAGUUCAUACGGCUGGAAGCACGAAGGCAUCAAGGCGGAAGAAAUCGGUGCUCUCCAAUUGAUUCCGAAGGAGCUCUCGCUGAAGAUUAUCAGCAAGAUUGAAGCUGGGGAGCGGUUUACUGUUUAUGUUGUGGUGCCAAUGUGGCCUGAGGGUGUUCCAGAAAGCGCUUCUGUUCAGGUAACCGCGAGGUGAAGCAGGAUGGAGAAUAUGAACCAGAGGAGCACCCAGAACCUGACACUGAUUACAUCUGGGCUCAAGAGGCUAGGAG